AUGCAAAUGAAGGAAAUUUUGAUUAAGAUGGCUCAUUAUAGACCUGGUGAUUUAAUAUUUGGCAAAGUGCGUGGAUAUCCACCUUGGCCUGCUCGAAUUGAACCGCCAAAACCAGGACAGAAAAUACCUCCCAACAAAUAUCCUGUUUUCUUCUUCGGUACUUUUGAAACAGCUAUAGUUCAGAGUAAAGACAUUUAUCCUUAUGAAAAAUUUAAAGAAAAAUAUGGUAAACCGCAAAAAAGGCGUUUUUUCAAUGAAGGUUUAUGGCAAAUUGAAAAUGAUCAUACAAUCCAAGGUCCUUCAACCACUAAUGAACAGUCUGAUAUCAGUGAACCAGAAGAAAGUGAAAAAGAAGCUCUUGAUGAAGAAGAGGAACAGGAAGAAUUAAAAGAGAUAAAGAAGAAAGAAAAAGAACCUACCAAGAAAAAAGAGGAGAAAAAACCAAAAGUGAAGCCACCAAAGAAACGUAAGAGAGUUUCUGAUAGUAUGGAACCUCAGCGUAGCCGUAGUGGGCGAAUGAUUAAGAGGAAGAAGUUUAGUUCAGAUAGUGAAGGUGAAGGUUCAGAGGAUAAUGAAGAUGAAAAAGAAGAAGAAAACGAAGCUGAAGAUGUUGAAACAAAGGAAAAAACUCCUGAAAGUGAUGCAUCAUCAUCAGAGAGUGAAUCUGAAGAAAAAAAUGAUGAAUCAAGCAAAGAGAAAUCUGAAGAUUCCGAAGAGGAUGAACCUUUGGCUGUAAAAAAGAAUUCUAGGAAUGAUAAAAAGGUUAAAGAAACUCCAAAAGUUGAAAAAAAAGUUGUCAAACCAAAAGAUGAGGAAGAGGAUGAAGAAGAAAAAGUUGAGAAAAAAAGCACCAAAUCAAAGUCAAAGAAAAGUGAAGCUUUAUCUACAGCUAUUAUUGAAUGCAAUAAUGUGUCAGUCUCCUUAGUUAAACUCUCUGAUAAAAAAUGUGAAGAAGCAAUGGCACCAAAGAAGAGUAAAGAAAAAAAAGAAUUAAGUGAUGAAAAAAGUUCCAAACAUAGUGUGGAAAAAGAAGAAAAAUCUUUAAAAACAAAGGAAGACAAAAAUUCUAAAAGUAAAUCAACAGAAGAGAAAGUAAUUAAUAAAAUAUCUGAAGAAAAGGAAACAGUUAAAUCUAAAUCUUCAGAAGAUAAAAGGUCAAAAGACGAUAAACCUCCUAAGAGCAAACAAAAGCGAGAAGAAUCUGUGGGGGAUAAAGAUUCAAAAGAGAAAAAGCAUGAAAAUGGUAUUGAAAAGCCAAUAAAGAAGCAAAAAUCUGAACCGAUGGAAGAUACGGAUAAAAAGACUUCCAAAAUAGUCGAAGAGGAAGAAAAAUUGAAAAGAAAAGUUGAGAAGAAAUUAGAAGAGAAGGAAAAGAAGAAAAAACUAAAAUAUGACAUGAAGAAAAAGGAAAAAAUAGAAAAACUGAAAAUUGAUUCUGAAAUUAGUAUGAAAUUAUCAGAAAUAGAUAGAAAAAUAAAACACAGUUUGAAUUAUUCCAAUCUGGACAUUACAACUUGUCUUGAGGUUAUGAAUGAACUGGAUAACAUGUCCCUCAACAUGGCAAUCCUUAAAAAGAACCCAAAUGUGUUUCUGACUUUGAGAAAGUGCCGUAGAUUUAAGAACAGUGAACCUGUCAAACAAAAGGCAGAAUAUUUGUACAAUAAAUUUAAAAUCUAUUUUAGUGGCUUAGAGAAGGAUGGUGCAAGUGUAUCAGAAAAGGAAAAUAAAAAACUUGAGCAAUCUUCCAAUGAACAAAAACAAGAUACAGAAGGUGACAGUGUUCCCAAAGAGGAGGAAGAAAAACUGCAAACAUGAGUGGGACCAAAGAUGGGAGGCAUCUAUGGAUCAAAAUACUCUGUUUUAUCCAACUUAGAGGGGAAAAUGUGAUGACUUUUAUUGUGAAAAGCAGAAAAAAAAUAAAAAGACAGAUUUUAUGGCACUUUCUUUUUUUUUUUUUUUUUUUUUUUUUUUUUUCGUUUGUUCAUAUGAUUUUUCAUAUUGAAUUAUUCAGUAACUUUUUCAUUACGAAACAUUUUACGUGCUUUGAAUUUGUUACUUUUCUUGUAAAGUAAGUGCAUUUUUCUGAGUUUUAUGUUCAGUUUAUUCUCACAUAAAUUUGUAGCCACAUGGCUUUCAACUUCUUU